CUACCAACUCCUUCUUCAGUUGCUCGAAGCUGGUCGCCUGAACCAUGAUCCUUUUGCGUUAAAAGCAAGUCCAAUGUCAUAAGACAGCGUUUUUCUCUUCUUUUGGACCAUGUUCUUUAUUAGCACACAGAAAUCGCCAGAAUGUCGACACAAGACUCGGUCGGUAUUCAACGAGGCCAUUAUGGCAGGAAUAUUUCUGCAAAUCUGCUUUUCACUAUCGGCAGGGCUAUCACUGGACCUGCCCAGUUUCUUCUGAUCACUUCCCAUCCGCUGUCUCGCCUGGAUGUGCCUCCUCCGCCCACUGGGGCCACCGCAAUUACAUUGUUCGGACGGACAUUCGCACGUCUACCGUUUCUGGUGGCAUUCAUGCCCACAACCCUUUCAAUCAAACACAUACUAUGGGCCAACUUCAUGGCGCGCGAGCGAAUGACCCUGAAGUUCGCCACGUUUGCCGUCCUCUCAGACUUCAUGUACGAAACCCUCAGUACGCUGGUUUUCACCGCCGCAUCGAUCAACCCCAUGUUUUCGGAGCGCUUCUUUUACGCCGGCUUCAGUAUCUUCAUGGCCAGCGCCACUUUGGAAUUGUUCGCGGAGCUUCAACGGAUGGCUUUCAAGGCGAAGAAAGGCAAUGGCUCCAAAGUAUGCAAGACUGGCUUCUGGGCAAUUACUCGACAUAUCAACUAUACCGCCAACCUGUUGUUUGGAUUUGGAUAUGGCCUUGCUACUGGAGGUCCGCUGUACUCGGUGGCAACUGCGGGUAUGUAUUUGUCGAACUUCGUGUUCAAUGCAAUGCCGGCGCUCGAAAAAUAUUGUCGGCAGAAAUACGGAGACCAAUGGACACAAUAUGAGCGCGAGGUGCCCUGGCAGCUGCUUCCAGGAAUUUACUGAGGCUUGGCACUCAGUCCAAGAAGUAGAGACCAGGCAUCCACUGGAAUGGGCUGUCCACGAAAGUAAU